AUGGCAGGGAUUAAGGAAGGCAAAUUUCUCCUACUCGGAGGAACCUACGAAGCACAGCUGACUUUACAGCGUGGGGCCAACACCUUGUCAGAACUAAACGCAAAUGGCAAUAACUUCCCAUUUGCCAAACAACAAUCUGAACUAAAACUCAGAGAUGAAUUUCCAAUAGGGGAUCAGAUUCUCCAUUCCCGUUCCACAGGUCCGUCAGAUUCCCCAUUCCCGUUCCACAAGUCCGUCAGAUUCCCAUUCCGCAGAGAUCCGUCAGAUUCUCCAUUCCCGUUCCACAGGUCCGUCAGAUUCCCCAUUCCCGUUCCACAGAUCCGUCAGAUUCCCCAUUCCCGUUCCACAGGUCCGUCAUUCCCGUUCCGACAGAUUCCCAUUCCCGUUCCAACAGUCCGUCAGAUUCCCCCAUUCCGCCACAGUUUCCGUUUUCCCAAGUCAGAUUCCCAUUCCCGUCCACGAGAUUCCGUCAGAUUCCCAUUCCCGUUCCACAGGUCCGUCAGAUUCCCCAUUCCGUUCCACACAUCGUCAGAUUCCCCAAUUCCCGUUCCAGAGAUUCCGUCAGAUUCCCAUUCCCGUUCACAGAUCCGUCAGAUUUUCCAUUCCGUUCCACAGGUCGUCAGAUUCCCCAUUCCCGUUCCACAGGUCCGUCAGAUUCCCCAUUCCCGAUCCAGAGAUUCCGUCAGAUUCCCCAUUCCCGUUCCAGGUCAAAUUUUCGAUUCCCCAUUCCCCACAUCCGUCAGAUUCCCCAUUCCCCACAGAGUCCCCAGAUUCCCCAUUCCCGAUUCAGAGAUCCGUCAGAUUCCCAUUCCCGUUUCAUCAUUCCUAUUCCUGUUCACAGGUCCGUCAGAUUUCCCAUUCCCGUUCCACAGGUCCGUAAGAUUCUCCAUUCCCGUUCCCACAGGUCCGUCAGAUUUCCAUUCCCGAUCAGAUCCGUCAGAUUCCCCAUUCCCGGUCCACAGAUCCGUAGAUUCCCCAUUCCCCCACAGAUCCGUCAGAUUCCCCAUUCCCGUUCCAACAGAUCCGUCCGAUCCCCAUUCCCGAUCACAGUCCGUCAGAUUCCCCUUCCGUUCCACAGGUCCGUCAGAUUCCCCAUUCCCGUUCCAGAGAUCCGUCAGAUUCCCCAUUCCCGUUCCAAGUCCCAGAUUCCCAUUCCCGUUCCAGAUCCAGAUUCCCCAUUCCAUUCCAGAGAUUCCGUCAGGUCCCACAGGUCCGUCCAGAUUCAGAUUCCCAUUCCCAGAUUCACCCGUCAGGAUCCGUCAGAUUCUCCAUCCGUCAGAUUCCUAUUCCCGUCAGAUUCCCCAUUCCCGAUCCACCGUUCUCCUGCUGGGUUGA